AUGCGUUAUCCUAUGACUAAUAAACACUCAUCUCCAUCAGGUUCACCUAGAAAAAGGUUAUUUUCUGCAAAAAGAGUGGGAAGUAAAGAAUAAUAAUAACAGAAAUGCAAAGCUACUGCUUCUAUUAAAACAGGAUCAUCAAUAGAAACAUUAAAAGAAGUGUUAUUAAAAUAGACACAGUUAAGUAAUAAGCAUACAAAUCAUUUGAAUUAUUUUGUACAGAAUAACAAAAGAGAAAGUUAAAAUAAAUUAGAUACAAAAACAAGUGAUUCAACAGAAAGAGUAAUUAUUAGAUAGGGAACGUUAUCAAAAGAGAAAACAACAAUUUCAUAAUUGACAACCAAAAAAUCUAGUAUUACUAGAAGUGAAUUUGAAUGGAAUAAAUCUUAAUUACCUAUAACACCAUAAAUUUGUUUAGCAAAAUACGGAUAUGCAUUAACAGAGUUAGAAAAAACAGAGAUUCUUAAAUUCAAAAGAGUAUUAAUUUAUUAUUUAAGAUUAGAUUUAUUGUAUAGGAAUUAAUGCUAAGAAAAUAUAAUAAUAAUCACAAAAUAAUUAUAAUGAUGGAUAUGACAAUGCUUAAGGAGAAUAUUUAUAUACAUUACAUGAUCAUAUUGGUUAUAGAUAUGAAUUAUUAGAACAUGUAGGUUCUGGUAGUUUUGGAUAAGCAUUUAAAGUUUAUGAUCAUAAAAGAUAAUAAGUUUUAUGUCUUAAAGUCAUCAGAAAUUAAAAGAAGUUUUAGAAUUAAGCAUUAGUUGAAUUAAAUAUAUUAUCAUUCAUCAGAGAUAAAGAUGGAGAAAAUAUUACAAAUAUUGUCAAAAUUAAGGAUUUUGUUAUUUUCAGAAAUCAUGUGGUAUUAAUUACUAUUUAUUUUUAAAGUGUAUUAUUUGUGAACUCUUAUCUUUAAAUCUAUAUGAAUUAAUCAAAAAUAAUAAUUAUUAAGGGUUAUCUCUAGAACUUAUACGUAGAUUUGCAAUUCAAAUAUUAAAUGCUCUCAACUUUUUAUACAAAAAUAAGAUUAUUCAUUGUGAUCUUAAACCAGAAAAUAUUUUACUUAAAUAACCAAAUAAAAGUGGUAUCAAAAUCAUUGAUUUUGGAAGCAGUUGCUUUGAAAAUGAGAGAAUUUAUAGUUAUAUCUAAUCUAGAUAUUACAGAGCCCCUGAAGUCAUUUUUGGUAUACCUUAUGAUAUGGGAAUUGAUAUGUGGAGUUUUGGAUGUAUUAUGGCUGAAUUAUAUAUUGGUUAUCCUAUCUUUCCUGGAGAAAACGAAUAAGAAUAAAUUGCAUAUAUCAUGGAAGUCAAAGGAAUUCCUGAUCAUUCUCUCAUUGAAGUAUUCUCUCAUUUCUAAUCCUUACCUAGAAAGCUUCCAGGAAGAAACAUUUUUUCACAUCUUCUAUUCCAUAUUAACCAUUGACCUAUAAAAAUAAAAGAGGAAAAAUUAGAAUCCCUUAAUCUAAAGAUUUGUAAUAAGUCUUAAAAUGUUAAGAUAAAUUAUUUAUUGACUUUCUUGAUAAUUGUUUCAACUGGGAUCCUUAAAAAAGAAUGAAACCUAUUGAUGCCUUAAUGCAUUAAUGGAUUUUAGAAGGAUUACCAAAAGAAAUUAGAACUUAACACAUUAAAUAUUUAGAAUCAGAAUAAAUCACUUAAAAAGUUUUCUUUAAAAAUAACGAAGCUAGACGAUAACAUCAUAUAUCUGAACCGCAAAUGGAAAAAAAAAAAUCAAGUAGUAGUUAUAGUUAAAAAAAAUCUAAGGAUAAAGAUAUUACUCUCACUCUCUAUGGCAAUAUCAAUAAUGACACUACUCCAUAAAAUAAACGUAUUCUAUCGUAAUCAUUUCAUACUUCCAAAAAUGGAAGCAAUUAAAAAUAUUAGCAAUAUUUUCCUGGCACAACAAAAAAUUAACCAUUAAAAUACAAAUUUUAUUGA